AUGAAGGCUAAUGAUAGGUCAGUUGCGAGUAUGAGGCCUGCAAAAAGUUUCAACGACAAUCAGGCCCCAAUCAACAGUUUGGAUUUCAGUGCAGAUGGUUUACAAAUGAUUUCGUCUUCCGAUGACGAUUCAAUUAUUAUGUAUGAUUGUGUUAGUGGACAAAAAAGUCGAUCGGUAAACAGUAAAAAAUAUGGCGUGGAUUUGAUACAGUUCGCACAUAAUACAUCAAACGCUAUACAUUGUUCCACGAAAGUUGACGACGUUAUCCGAUAUCUGUCAUUGCAUGAUAACAAAUACAUUAGAUAUUUUCCUGGACACCAAAAAAAGGUAGUGACAUUGUGUAUGUCUCCACUAGAUGAUAUGUUUCUCUCCGGUUCUUUGGAUAAAACAAUCCGUUUAUGGGAUCUACGAAUACAAAGUUGCCAGGGUUUGAUGCAUGUGCCUUCAAGGCCUGUCGCUGCUUUUGACCCAGAAGGUUUGAUAUUUGCAGCAGGAAUCAAUUCUGACACAAUCAAAUUGUAUGACUUGCGGUCAUUUGAUAAGGGCCCAUUUACAACAUUUAAAGUGGAAAAUGAUGCAAAAGAAGACUGGACUGGUUUGAAGUUUUCUCCUGAUGGUAAAAUGAUUAUGAUUACGACGAAUGGCUCUUCUGUUACUCUUAUUGAUUCUUUUAAAGGAACACUAGUCCACGUUUUAAGAGGUCAUGAAAAUAGUAAAGGUAUUGAACUAGAUGCAACAUUCUGUGCUGACGCACAAUAUGUAUUCAGUGGUUCCACAGAUAGCAGUAUAGUAGCAUGGUCUAUAACAACUGGCCAAAGAGUUGCAAAGCUUGCAUCAGGACAUUCCCCGCUUAUCCAUAAAAUAUUAUUCAAUCCACGCUUCUUCAUGCUAGCUACGGCUUGCACAACACUAGUUAAAUUUUUUUAUGGAACAUUUGUAGACAGCAAACGUCGAUUUGGUCAACCACAAUCCAGGUCUUGUAUUCCAUAUGGAUGGGAAGAACAGACGAGUAUCGGUUAUUACAAUUAUGUGCUAGCAUCUUCGAUAUUGUGCGGCACAAACUGUGAAGUGAAAUUUCAUACCGAUAAAUAUAUAGUUUUAACGUGA